AUCAUAGGGAGAACGCGUCUCUCUCCCCGAUCAUCCUCUCUCUCUUCCCCUUUCUUCUUCUCUUCUUCUUUUCUCGGAAUGAUCUCAGCCUCUCCUCCAUGCCGGCCAAGGAACGGCGGGUUCCAACCUCCGGACACAACUAGCAGCCUUUUUCCCUUAAGCUGGUCUUCCGUCUUUGCGGCUCAAAUCACCGUCGCACUUGUAAGAGAGGGUGCCGGACAACUUGAUUUCAGUCUCUUCACACUUUGCCUCUGCGAAUCUCUGAAAGCUCCAUUCAGGUUUUGCUCUACCAGCUAGUGUCCAAAAGCCACAUCAAAAUUAAAGCUGUUGAACAAUUUUCUAAAUCACAUGGAAUAAUUUUUAAAAUGCUGCGACGGCGUGACGCGAGCGAGAGAUCUGCCUCUUCUUGGCAAAGUAGAAAUUCGCGACACUUUAUUCCUGUGAAACCAGAAGAAGUUGUAGCACUACUGGGCAAGGCCAUUUGCCCAUAUGAGUUAAGUAAUCUUCCUGCAUCUGUUAUUCCAACUUCAGUUUAAUCCAAAAUGGCAAUGCCGUUGGUAUAUACAUAUGUGUUUGGGUAACGGUUCGGUUCGGUUGGAUGGUUUUGACUCUAAAACCGUAAACAAACUAAAGUUCAGUUUUUUUAAAGUUUUACAAACUAAACCAAACCAACAAUUUUUCAAACCACAGCACGGCUUCCGCUGCCAUCAUCCCACCCACCGAAAACUGCUGCAAGCAAUUCUAAUUUGCAUCCAAUAGAAAACGAAAUUAUGGCUAUUAAUCUAUAAGGAAAGGAUACGUCUCUCGUAUAUCAUUGCUAAACAAUCACUACUUCGCUCCCUCUCUUCCAAAGGACUCCACUAUAUCCUAGCAACAAGGUAGAAAUACAAAUCCUGUGCCCAAUUCCUUUCAUUGUUGUUAUCGACUCGUAUAUUCCGUUUACAUUAGUUGCCAAAAGGCUGUUGAUUUAAUUUUUGUUCUGUAGUUAUCAAAAUUUAGGAAUGUUGGGGUUGAAUUUUUAUUAGUUUUAGAUUUCUGUGGCCGCAGUAGUAAGGUGUUUGAUAAUAUGCCUCAUUGUAACUUUGCUACUAACUACUCCUGUUGGAACUUCUUUUUGAAGGGCAAUAAAGGUUUUCUUUGUUUUUCUGAUUAUUUUGUAGGGUAUUAAGUAAUCUCUUUUAAUAAUUGUUUGUGGCAUUUGGAUUUUUGACAUUGGACAAUAUAAUUUUGAGGAAUCUGAAAUUUGUUUGGCUCCUGUGAUCAUAUAGUUCCUUCUUGUAGUGACGAUGGCACUGAGGUUGGCUAGCCGGAAGUUUGGUAGCAGAUUCUUCCCCAUAUUCUCUUCCACUUCUCAACUGCAUUCACAUGCUACAAGUUUUGGUUUUAAAGAAGUAAGGGAAGAAGAAAAAAGUCAAAUGGUCAGCAAUGUCUUUAGUAAUUGGUGGAAUGUUGCCUCAAAUUAUGAUCUUAUGAAUGAUUUGAUGAGUGGUGGAUUACAUAGAUUGUGGAAGGACAGAUUAGUUUGCAAACUGAAUCCUUUCCCUGGAAUGAAACAUCUUGAUGUGGCCGGUGGGACAGGAGAUGUUGCUUUCAGGAAAUCUGGAAACAGUAAAAUAGUAUCAAAUUACAUAGCACUUCAAGAUCUUUUGAAUGAUAAUUUACAAGAGGAAACUCAGAUAUAUGUAUGUGAAAUCAAUCAAACAUGUCUUUGGAAGACAAAGUCCCUUGUAUGGGUGGAGGGAGACGCUGAAGCCUUGAGUUUUAAGAUUGUUUCAAAUUGGAAUGGUUACACAAUAGCAUUUGGAAUUAGGAACGUUACACAUAUAGAGAAAGUUCUUGCUGAAGCUUAUAGGGUAUUGAAAAGAGGAGGAAGAUUCCUUUGCCUUGAAUUGAGUCAUGUGGAAGUUCCGAUUUUUAAAGACUUGUAUGACUAUUAUUCAUUUUCAAUCAUUCCAGCCGUAGGAGAGCUAGUUGCAGGUGACCAGGAAUCUUAUCAGUACUUAGUGGAGAGCAUUCGUCGUUUUCCAAAUCAGGAAAAUUUUGCUUCAAUGAUAGCAGAUGCUGGGUUUCAGAAAGUUGUGUAUGAAAAUCUUGUUGGGGGAGUAGUAGCCAUUCAUUCUGGGUUGAAGUUUUGAGAGAGUUUAUGGAUUUUAUUUUAAAUUUUUAUUUUCUUUUUUCAUAUUUUGAUUUGCAUGGUCUUAUCAAUUGAUCGUUUGUGUAUGAUUUUUUA